CUGCUCUUCUGUUCUGAUGAUCAGACAGUCAGCGAGGAGACAUCAUGCAGGUCACAGCGCUGUGCGUCGCACUGAUGUUGAAUGUGAUGUUGCUGCUCACUGAUGAAGGGCAGAGCAGCUCCAGUGUUCACAGAUCUGAUGCAUGUGUUCUUCACGUGGACCCAAACAGACUGCAGUUCUUUGAGUAUGACUCCAUCUCAUUCAAGUGUCGGGGGUUUCACGGCUCAUCAGAAUGGAGAGUGAUGAGAAAGGUUUCCUCAAAUGUUUCUCAGUGGGACUCUGGAUUCUUAAACAUCACACCUGCCUUUGAAACACACAGUGGAGAGUACUGGUGUGAAAAUGCAGAGGGAGACAGGAGCAACGCUGUCAACAUCACCGUCACUGCUGGUGAUGUGAUCCUGGAGAGUCCUGCUCUGCCUGUGAUGGAACGACAUGCCGUCACUCUGCGCUGCAGAAGAAAGAUGACAUCGUCCAGCUCUGCAGCUGACUUCUAUAGAGACGGCCUCUUCAGUAAGACUGGAUAUACGGGCCGGAUGACCAUCAGCAAUGUCUCCAGGUCCAAUGAAGGACUCUACAGGUGUCACAUCUCUGGAGCUGGAGGAUCAGCAGAGAGCUGGCUGGCUGUCACAGCAUACAUCCCUCCUGCACCUCAAGACACAACCCCUCAGUAUCAGGAGAUACCUCCUCAUCCUCGGCACCAUGGCUCCAUUCAGCUCUCCGUCCCGUUACCGGCUGUUUUCACCGUCACGUGUGUGGCUGCGCUGCUGUUAGCUGUGGGGCUGCUUCAGUGUCGCAAACGCAAAGUUGCAUGCUUUUCCUCUGAGGCACCAACAACAGGAUUAAACCCUGUCAGUGAACGUGCCCUCGUAGCUGAGCCACACAUGGAUAUAUAUGCUAAUAUCACACGGCCGAAGAAGAAUAGAGUUAGUGGACACGCCCAUGUAGCUGACCCACCCAUGGCUCUAUAUGCUAAUAUCCCACGGCGCAAGAAGAAAAGAAUUCGUCCUGAGGCAAACGUGGCUGAUCAAAAUGGGACGUGUGCUGUUGUCACAACGAAGAAGAAGGCGAGAGGUUCUGGGGAGGCACGUGCAGCUCCUACAAACAAAGCAAAACGGAGCAAGGAGAGAGGUCACAGAAAAGUGGAAACACCUGACUGAAGGACGGAAUACUUGUGACGAAACCAUCCCGCACAUAACCAACCUCCAGGAGGAGGGGGAUGAUGUGACGGAGCGACUCUUUCACUGACUGUGGGCAGUCCCCGCUCCCUUUCUGUCUUCACCGAGUCAUUAAACAUAAUAAUUAAAAUAGUUUUCCCUCUUUCCCUCUGUUUCAUUCAUAUCCAUACAUUCACACAGUCCUUGUAUCACUCACCUUACGGAGUAUGUUGCAUAUUCAUCCUGCUGGUGCCAGCCAUCUGAGUUUGGUUGGCGAAACAGGGCGUAACAUUUUGUUGUGUUAAAU